AUGGAUGGGGUGAGGAACGUGUGGCUGGUGAAGCCGGGCUGCGGCACCCGAGGGAACGGGAUCAAGUGCUUUGACGGCAUGAGGGAGCUGCUGUGUUAUGCUGCUGGCCGAAAGAAAGGCGCCAUUGCGCAGAAGUACAUCGAGAACUGCCUCCUGCUCCAUGACAAGAAAUUCGACAUUCGCUCGUGGACGCUGGUCUCCAACUGGAACCCGUUGACUGCCUGGAUCCAUGAGCCGUACAUGAGAAUCUGCACAGAAAGUCACAGCCUGGACGCCGACAGUCUCAAGAAUCACUUCAAGCAUCUGUGCAACCGAUGUGUGCAGGUCAAGAGUGGCAAGUACGAGGAGCAAGACAGCGAAGAAGACGGGAGCAUGUGGAGUGUGGAAACUUUAAAGAAAUACCUGGAAGAAAACUUUGAAGGCGGAGAGAGCCUCUGGAAAAAAGUUGAAGAUCAAAUAAGGAGAAUCUCGCUCAUGUGCCUGCAUUGCGUCCAGGAUCUGAUUGAGAACAAGGAAGGAUGUUUCGAAUGGUUUGGUCUUGACUAUGUUGUUGAUGACAACUUCAACGUCUGGCUGCUGGAGUGCAACAUCAGCCCCGACCUCUCCAUGGGCACUGAGGUGCUCGACCGCCUGGUGCCUUUGGCUGUCCGAGGAGUCUUUGAUCUCCUCUCGUCCAAGGGCGCAGCCACGAGCAGCUGGGAGUUAGUCUUCUGCGGGAAGGAGAUCAAAAGGGAGUCGCUGCAGCGACGGCAGGUGGUGCGUCAGGGCAUCAUGACUGAG